GACAACUAUAAAGGCUUAAGAACACUAUAUAAUUUCAUAAGCUGUCUUUUCUCAAAGUUUUGAUAAUGUUUUUGACGAAAAAUGCGAAAACAAUCUAUUUCUUAAUAACAUUUACCACUAUUGCUAUACUUUACGUAAUUUUUAGAACACAAACAACUCUACACUCUUCACAAUUUAAGGUUUUAAACACAUCUGACAUUAUUCAACAUUUGAAUCAGAAACAUAAUGUACACAACAAUAACUCUGCAAUACUUGGUCUUAAUUUAAAAUAUAAAUUAUCCCCUGCACCAUGUGAUAUAAAAACUAAAUUGAUAAUACUGGUUACCAGCCAUUUCCAUAAUGUUGAAGCAAGAAGUGCAAUGAGAAGAACAUUUAACACCACAAACCUACAUGCGCUAAGUGUAAAAAGAGUGUUUCUAUUAGGAACUGUUACUUCAGAUAAAAGCACAUCUCAAGCUUCAAUCGAGAAUGAAUCCAUUCGUUUUCAAGACAUUUUACAAGGAAAUUUUGUAGAAGCAUACAGGAACCUCACAUACAAACACAUCAUGGGCUUAAAAUGGGCAACUGAUCAUUGUUACAAUGCAAAUUACGUUAUUAAAAUGGAUGAUGAUAUUGUUAUAGACCUAAGGCGAAUUAUUAAAGAUUUAAAUAUAGGAGUUCUGCUGGAGAAUAAGAAAAAUUUUACACUUUUGGCAGGAUAUGCUCUUGAAAAUAUGGUGCCAAAAAGAGAUCCAGCAAAUAAAUGGUUUGUCACCCAUGAAGAAUACCCUGAGGAUACAUAUCCAACAUUCUUAAGUGGUUGGUUUUAUAUCACCAACCCAACAACUGCAAAACUUUUAAUACUUGCAUCUAAAAUGCAUCAGUAUUUUUGGAUUGAUGAUACACUUAUAACAGGCAUAUUUGCGAAGUUUUUAGAGAUAAAACAUGUAAAUCUUGCAAAAUUCUAUACUCUGCACACUGAGUUUGUUUGGUGUUGCAUUGACGAUUAUGUAAAUCAUCAUCUGGAAUGUCCGUUUUUUGUUGGGCCUAAUGGUGGUGAUGCUAACUUAUUUAUAGAAUUUAAUAAGGCUGUUGGACACUGUAGUGUUGAGAAAUGUAUACCAAGAGAAAAAAGCAUUAAUGAGACCUGUAUCAGAACUGCUAGAACACAAUUAGGCCCGGGGAAGUCGCAGUCAAUUGAAACUUAUAAAUUGUUUUAAAUUGUUCUACAAACCAAAUAUUUUUGUAUUUUUAUAUUUAAUAAAUACUAAUAUAAUACUAUAUAAUAAAAGCCAAGAAAAAUUA